ACCUCAUGUCUCAUAUACACGCAUAGAUAGUAGGAAUUUAAAACGACAAGAUGUUUCUGUCCAGAGUGGUCCUCACCUUUGGCUGGGCUAUGAUAGCAUCUAGCACUAUCUCCACUGCAGUUUCCACUCCCGAUGUCGUGGUCAGCGUUCGAGAUUCCUCAGGUGCAUCCUCUGCCAAUACUUUCCACGCCCUCCGAAAGUCGCUCGUGGAUAUUCAUUCGCAAAGGCGAGACGUUGAGUUAAAGAACAGUACGACAUUGGAUAAGAGUUGGAAUAAUGCAACGCUGCUUAGCAUUGCGGCGCAGACUCAGACCCAGAACAACAUCACAUUAAACGCGGGCAUCGACAUUAUUUGCACGACAUGUUAUAUCAAGGGCGUCGCGACGGCGCAGUUCUCGGUGGAUGGCGACUUCAAUACCACCCAAGCAAUCCAGAACUUCACGGGCGAGGUCCACGAUGAGAUUUUGAAUACCACUAACCAAGUGAUCGACUACAUCGAGGAUUACUUCCCCACAGUGAUACAUAAUUUCGACGAUGGCAUAGACCUGGACGACUUCGACUUCCCGCCUAUCAACAUUAGCUUCAAUGUGGCCAUUCCGGACAUACCGGAGUGCCAUCUCAAGUUCCAGUUCGACGAUCUGGAGCUCUACAUGCUGAUCGAUACUGUGUUAUCAGCUGGUGCCACCUACAACCUGAAUCUGUACUCGUCAAACACGCCCCUUGGGAUCUCUGCAAGCGAUGACUUAUUCAUCGGUGUUAUCUUCUCAGUUGACUUGAUCCUGAGCGCGGAUGCCGAAAUCGACAUUAGCAGCGGGAUUCAUAUCAAAUUGGAUGAUGGCGUUGGCCUUGAUAUGGCAUUAUUUGGUAAAAGUGUCUCAAGUAUCACCUUCAAUGGAGGUGACUUCGAGUUUCUUCCCGUGACGAUUGAAAGCGCCGGGGGUCUCAUCAAAGCAGUACUUCGUGUCGGAAUCAAAGCCGGGUUCCAGCUAGAGAGCCCCUCGGUCAUCAUUCCGAGCACUGCCUUCUCCGCCAAAGCCAGCGCUGGCGUAGGCGUUAGCGUGUGGGCAGAUAUUGCAGAGUUCGCAACGAAUAUCACCGCAUCGCCUGAGGGCGACGAUGAUGACUGUCGCCUCAGAGUUGAGCAGACGUAUCAAUUCGGACUUGGUGCUGCUGCUGGUGCGACACUUGCUCUUGGACAAGAGACGUGGGGUCCAGCACCAGAGACCAACAUCCCCAUCUUUUACACCACCAUAGCCGAUUUGUGUGCUAUCCAGGGCCGCACACAGACCACCACAGCGUCCACUGCAGCAAUCACAGCUCGGGCUGACGAGGACCUGACAACAACUACACUCACCAAGAAAGUCACCUAUUCAGGCAUAGGUUGCCAGACUACCGGCUUCGUCAACUGUCCUGAGUCCUUGCAGACUACCACUAAGGUUACGAGUACAUUGACCCUUAUCACAGCGGUACCCUCUGGGUCAGAGGCCACCUUCCCCGAGACGACUGGGACCACCGUUGCUUCAGCCGUCCCCUUUGGCACCAAUAGGAAAUCCAUCGAUGCCACUACAGGGGCUCCCGCGUCAUACGUCCCGCCUCCGCCCCCGACAUCGUCUGCAGAGGUCGGCGGUAUUGGUGGGAUUGGCGGUGCUUCCAGCGAGGGGCUGCCAGAUCAGGUUCACGGCGUUGAUACGAGGAUCAUAAUCGGCGUCAGCGUUGGCCUUGGCGUUCCUGUAAUCGCGGCUAUCAUUGCUGGUAUCUUCUUCUGGCAGAAGCGAGGGAACUACUCGAAAGUGUCUAGGGGUGAGCCGGUGUACCUCAACACACCGCACCCCUACGAGGGAUCCCAGGGCAGCCAGCCGGGAAAGAAGACCAACAUGACCGCAACAACGACUAGUCAUUAGCUAACCACUGGUGCUGUUGCUGCUUGACUUAUGACGACUUAUGCAUUAGAAUGGCGUUUAGGGUAUUUGCAAGAUAUACCAUGAUUUACAUCGUUCACCACCAGCAGGUAGGGGGACCAGAGCGCGUUAGCUAUUUAGGAUUUUAUUCUUCUCUAGAUGUUUCCUUCUCUAAAAGUGUCUAUCCUAGCAUCGCUAU